UGCUCACCCUUCUCAACGACCCUGAAUAUACAUGCACUCUGUAUGAUUAUAAAACUAAGAAAAUAGCUAGUGAAAACAAUGAAACAACUCAACUUCCACAACUUCCAGAAAACCAUUGCACAACUCCGUAUACUAGUGGAGAUAGUCUUCUUUUGCCGUCUUCAGUUUUUACGAUACAUCAGUCCACCGAUCAUCUUUCCUCGUCUCUUCCAGCUAGUGAAGUUUUAUUUAAUCAUCAAUCUUACCAAUAUCUGCCACAACCAACGAGGAAUGCCAGUGCGGUUUUUUCAGGAACAAGAACUGGAAGUAUACAAAGUAAAAGCAGUGAAAGCAAACCUUUAUCAACUGCUUGGCAAACUGCUCUUGGUGCCGCAACAACUCAGACUGCAAUGAAUAGAGAUAGAAAAAGGCCUGUUAGGAAAGGACCAAAAAUAGCUGAAAGGCCAAUAAGAGCAUUGUUUUGUCUGACUUUAAAGAAUCCAUUAAGAAAACUUUGUAUUGACAUUGUAGAAUGGAAACCAUUUGAAUAUCUUAUUUUAUUAACAAUUUUCUGCAAUUGUGUGGCCCUUGCUGUAUAUACACCUUAUCCUAAUGCAGAUUCAAAUCAAGUAAAUCAUUAUUUAGAGAAAAUAGAAUAUGUUUUUUUAGUAAUCUUUACCAUCGAAUGUAUUAUGAAAAUCAUUGCCUAUGGAUUUAUGCUUCAUUCUGGUGCCUAUUUAAGGAAUGGUUGGAAUUUUCUUGACUUUAUAAUAGUAGUAAUAGGCAUUAUUAGUACAGCUUUGUCCACAUUUAUGAAAGAAGGUUUUGAUGUUAAAGCACUUCGAGCAUUCAGAGUUUUAAGGCCUUUGAAAUUAGUUUCAGGUGUUCCAAGUUUACAGGUUGUACUUAAUUCAAUUCUUCGAGCCAUGGUGCCAUUACUUCAUAUUGGUCUACUUGUCAUAUUUGUUAUUAUUAUCUAUGCUAUCAUAGGAUUAGAAUUAUUCUCAGGAAAAAUGCAUCAGACAUGCUAUAAUAAUUUCACAGGGUUAAUUGCCUUAGAAGAACCUCAUCCAUGUGGAGGAGGUUACCAUUGCAAUGCUUCUCUUGCUGAAGUUUGUAGAACAUAUUGGGAAGGACCAAAUUAUGGAAUUACAAAUUUUGAUAAUUUUGGCCUUGCAAUGCUCACAGUAUUCCAAUGUGUUACGAAUGAAGGAUGGACAAAUGUUUUAUAUAAUAUUAAUGAUGCUGUAGGAAAUGAAUGGCCAUGGAUAUAUUUUAUUAGUUUAAUUAUUAUUGGCUCUUUUUUUGUAUUAAACCUUGUACUUGGAGUUCUUAGUCUUUCAAGUGAAACAGAAGGUGGUGAUAAAAUAGAAGGUGAAACUAUUAGUAUAGAUAAUGGAAAAUCACCUUCUUGUUGGUCACUUAAAAGGAAAGUAAUUAGUCGUCAAAAUCGUAGAUUGAGAAGAAUAUGUAGAAAAGCUGUAAAAUCACAAGCAUUUUAUUGGAUUGUGAUAAUUCUUGUUUUUAUGAAUACUCUUACACUUGCUUCUGAACAUUAUGGUCAGCCACUAUGGUUAGAUCAUUUCCAAGAAGUUGCAAACAUGUUUUUUGUAAUAUUAUUUGCAUUAGAAAUGAUCCUGAAACUAUAUAGCCUGGGCUUCCAAGGUUAUUUUGUUUCUUUAUUCAAUCGAUUUGAUUGCUUUGUGGUGAUAAGUUCCAUUUUGGAAUCUGUCCUUACAUAUACAGAUAUAAUGCCUCCUUUAGGAGUUUCUGUUUUGAGAUGUGUUCGUCUGCUUCGAAUUUUUAAAGUGACAAAAUAUUGGGCUUCUUUGAGGAACCUUGUUGCUUCAUUAAUUAAUUCCAUGAGAUCUAUUGCAAGUCUUCUUCUUCUUCUUUUUCUAUUUAUUGUUAUUUUUGCUCUUUUGGGAAUGCAAGUAUUUGGAGGAAAAUUUAAUUUUCUUAAAACUGAAGAUAAACCUCGAAGCAAUUUUGAUUCAUUUUGGCAAUCUCUGCUAACAGUUUUUCAGAUAUUAACUGGUGAAGAUUGGAAUGAAGUAAUGUAUAAUGGAAUAAAUGCAUAUGGUGGAGUUUCUUCAGUUGGAGUACUAGCUUGCAUUUAUUUUAUUAUUCUUUUUAUCUGUGGUAACUAUAUAUUGUUGAAUGUAUUUUUAGCUAUUGCUGUUGACAAUUUAGCUGAUGCAGAAAGUUUGACUGCUAUUGAAAAGGAAGAGGAAGAAAUUGAUAAAAUCCAAAAAAGAUCAUGUAGUGACAUAUCCAUUCAGUCUGAUGAAAAUGAACAUGAAUUUAGUAACACACAUAUGAGUAAAAAGAAGAAGAGACGGAAAAACACCAAUGAAGAAGUAGAUAUGGAAGAGACAUUGAAUAUGGCAGUUACUCAAUUGAAUCAUACACCUGUUGUAUUAUACCCUAGAGAAAAAGAUAAAAUGGUCCAUAUUAAAGUUGAAGAUACAACAUUGAAAGACACAGAUGUGCCAAAAAUAAGUGUUCCUUUUGGAGAAAAAGGAAUGGAACAGUGGGAAGAUGAAAGAUGCUAUGCCACUGGUAUUGAUGAUGGUGAUGCAGAUAAUGAAGAUACAGAAACAGUUUCCACUGCUCGUCCAAGGAGGCUUUCUGAACUUCAUAUACCAAAAAGAGUGCAUCCUAUACCCAAAUAUACUUCAUUUUUUAUCUUCUCGCAUACAAAUAAAUUUCGUAUUAUCUGUCAUACUCUUGUAAAUCAUAAUUAUUUUGGAAAUUUAAUUUUGGCUUUCAUUCUCAUAAGUAGUGCUAUGCUAGCAGCUGAAGAUCCAUUAAACUCAAAGUCAGAAAGAAAUAUGAUAUUGAAUUAUUUUGAUUAUAUUUUUACAUCAGUUUUUACAGUCGAAAUAACUUUAAAGGCCAUUGCAUAUGGACUUAUUCUGCAUAAAGGCUCUUUCUGUCGUAGUUAUUUCAAUCUUUUAGAUGUCUUAGUGGUAUGUGUAUCACUAGUUUCAUUUGCUUAUGGAUUCAAGGAGAAAAAGGAAUGGAACAGUGGGAAGAUGAAAGAUGCUAUGCCACUGGUCCAUAUUAAAGUUGAAGAUACAACAUUGAAAGACACAGAUGUGCCAAAAAUAAGUGUUCCUUUUGGAGAAAAAGGAAUGGAACAGUGGGAAGAUGAAAGAUGCUAUGCCACUGGUAUUGAUGAUGGUGAUGCAGAUAAUGAAGAUACAGAAACAGUUUCCACUGCUCGUCCAAGGAGGCUUUCUGAACUUCAUAUACCAAAAAGAGUGCAUCCUAUACCCAAAUAUACUUCAUUUUUUAUCUUCUCGCAUACAAAUAAAUUUCGUAUUAUCUGUCAUACUCUUGUAAAUCAUAAUUAUUUUGGAAAUUUAAUUUUGGCUUUCAUUCUCAUAAGUAGUGCUAUGCUAGCAGCUGAAGAUCCAUUAAACUCAAAGUCAGAAAGAAAUAUGAUAUUGAAUUAUUUUGAUUAUAUUUUUACAUCAGUUUUUACAGUCGAAAUAACUUUAAAGGCCAUUGCAUAUGGACUUAUUCUGCAUAAAGGCUCUUUCUGUCGUAGUUAUUUCAAUCUUUUAGAUGUCUUAGUGGUAUGUGUAUCACUAGUUUCAUUUGCUUAUGGGAAUGGAACAAUAUCUGUAGUAAAGAUAUUACGUGUUUUAAGAGUUCUGCGUCCUUUGAGAGCAAUCAAUCGUGCAAAAGGUUUGAAGUAUGUUGUGAAAUGUGUGAUUGUUGCAGUCAAAACAAUAGGAAAUAUCAUGUUGGUAACAUAUCUUUUGCAAUUCAUGUUUGCAGUAAUUGGAGUGCAAUUAUUUAAGGGAAAGUUCUUCAGAUGUACAGAUAGCACCAAAAUGGUUGAGAAGACUUGCAAAGGUGAAUACAUUAUAUAUCAAGGUGGAGAUAUAAAUAAGCCAACAAUUGAAGAAAGAAAAUGGGAAAAUAAUGAAUUCAAUUUUGAUGAUGUUGCCAAAGCAAUGUUAACUCUUUUUACUGUUUCUACUUUUGAAGGAUGGCCAAAAUUGCUGUAUGUAGCAAUAGAUUCUCAUGCUGAAAAUAUUGGUCCUAUAUACAACUACCAGCCAGUUGUUGCAAUUUAUUUCAUUGUUUAUAUCAUCAUCAUUGCAUUUUUUAUGGUGAAUAUUUUUGUUGGUUUUGUGAUUGUUACUUUUCAAAGUGAAGGUGAACAAGAAUAUAAGAACUGUGAACUUGAUAAAAAUCAGAGGAAUUGCAUUGAAUUUGCUUUGAAAUCUAAACCAGUCCGUCGUUAUAUCCCAAAGCACAGAUUGCAAUACAAAGUGUGGUGGUUUGUUACAUCCCAAUAUUUUGAAUAUGCUAUUUUUAUUCUUAUUAUGGUUAACACUUUAGUAUUAGCAAUGAAGUAUUAUGGUCAACCAAAUGUCUAUACACAAAGUCUUGAUGUCAUGAAUAUGAUCUUCACUUCAGUGUUUGCCUUUGAAUUUCUAUUGAAAUUAAUGGCUUUCCGCUUCAAGAAUUAUUUUGGUGAUGCUUGGAAUGUAUUUGAUUUCAUCAUUGUUCUUGGUAGCUUUAUUGAUAUUGUUUAUUCUGAAGUCAAUCCAGGAACAAAUAUCAUUAGUAUCAACUUUUUUCGUCUGUUUCGUGUGAUGCGUCUCAUAAAACUUUUGAGUCGAGGAGAAGGCAUUCGCACAUUAUUAUGGACAUUCAUCAAAUCAUUUCAAGCACUUCCGUAUGUCGCACUUCUUAUAGUGAUGUUAUUUUUUAUAUAUGCUGUUAUUGGUAUGCAGGUUUUUGGAAGAAUUGCUUUAAACCCCGAAUCACCUAUUAAUAGAAACAAUAAUUUUCAAACUUUUCCUCAAGCAGUUCUAGUAUUAUUUAGAUCUGCAACAGGUGAAGCCUGGCAAGAAAUAAUGAUGGCUUGUACCAAUAAACAAAAUGCUAAAUGUGAUAGCAGAUCUGAAGAUACAGAACCAUGUGGUUCAGAAUUUGCACUUCCUUAUUUUAUUUCAUUUUAUAUUCUUUGUUCUUUUUUGGUAAUUAACCUUUUCGUUGCUGUCAUUAUGGAUAAUUUUGAUUAUUUAACCCGUGAUUGGUCAAUAUUAGGUCCUCACCAUCUUGAUGAAUUUGUUCGCUUAUGGUCAGAAUAUGAUCCUGAUGCAAAAGGGAGAAUAAAACAUUUGGAUGUUGUAACAUUAUUACGGAAAAUAUCCCCUCCUUUAGGAUUUGGAAAACUUUGUCCUCAUCGAGUUGCUUGUAAAGUAUGACUGUCUUUUAUUUUAAAAUCUAUUAUAUUACUUUUUUAAUAAAAUUGUUUUCUAAUUAUCUAAUUUAAAUAUCGUAAGAAUUUUAUUAAUGAUUAUAU